GGUGCUGCUUGGUAGAAGAAGGGAGGAGGGUGAGCAGACGUCAUACAAGGAGGGACGGUGAAAGGAAGGCUCACAUGUGCCGCUGCCUUAUUUAACCUGGAUUUUCGCUGAACAGGACAGUGACAUGGGCCAUGACUACCACUGUGUGCUGGUGCAGGCUUGCUGCUUGGCGGGAAGUGCCUGUGAGGGCCAGCAGCUUGUCAGGAGGGCCAGGGAGACUCAGAAUAUUGAGGUGAGGAGCAGCAGCAGCAGCAGCAGCAGCAUGGCAGAACAGAGGUCCGGCAGGUUGGUGGCGGGACAGAAGGCAGCGUGCUUGUCAAGUUUGUCGCCAAGCAGGACCAGUUGGGAUCCCUCAAGAGACCUGCCCAAGUUGGAGUUUGUGGUGGAGGGACAGCUGCUGAUGGGCAAGCUUGGGGAUCUACUGGAGGAGCAGGAAGAGCCUGGUGGUGGUGGUGGAGUACUUGAAGAAGCUCCCUCCACCUACCCAUAAGGAUUCCCUCCACCUUGACAAUUGGGUGUCUGCUGUACUGGCCACAGACCACUGGCUGCUGACAGGGUGCGACAUCAAUACCCUACAUGUGUGGUACGUGCAGGAGCUGGCAGAGGGGCAGGGUGACAGGGCCCACAGCCUCACCAUCCCUGCCCACCAUGCCCCUGACAAGUCUGUCACCUGGGUACAUGCUCAGGCACCCCUGCUGUCAUUUUCAGCCGAGGACCACAGUUGGCAUCCGUGUGAGAUAGCAGGCCGUGCCAACUUGCAGUAGCGAUGGAUGGAAAGGCAUGCCUGGUGUGUCCUGGGAGCAGUGUGUUUCACGAGGCUCUGGGAUGAGUGAAAUACUCACCACCUGCCUGGGCCAGUCCUGCCUGGCAUCAAGACACUAAGAAUCCUGUCUUUUCCUCCCCACCCAGUGUGUUUCAUCCUUGCCAUCCAGCCCCAGUAUCAAGGAAGUUAAGGAUCAUUCAGUUCCAAGGGAAGAAAGGAAAAAAGAUCCAGAUAAAGUGAGGACCACAGUCGGCGUCCGUGAGUGAGAUAGCAGGAUGGGCCAAGUUGAAGUAGCGACGGAUGAGGAGGCAUGCCUGGUGCGUCCUGGGAGCAGUGUGUUUCACGAGGCUCUGGGAUGAGUGAAAUGCUCACUGCCUCCUGUUUGGCAUCAAGACACUAAGAACCCUGUCUCUGUCCCUUUCCACCUGAUAUCACUGCACCCAGUGUGUGUAUCAUCUUUGCCAUCCAGGAAGUUAAGGAUCUUCAGUUCCAGGGGAAGAAAGAAACAAAAAAAUUCACAUAAAGUAAUUUAGUUUUGAAAAUUGUCCAGAUAUGGCGAGGACGACAGUUGGAAUCCGUGUGAGAUAGUAGGCCGGCCCAACUUCCAGUAGUGAUGGAUGGGGAGGCAUGCCUGGUGUGUCCUGGGAGCAAUGUGUUUGAUGAGGCUCUGGGAUGACUGAAGUGUGUCUGGUGAAGGAUUAUGAAGGGUAUAUGCUUGUGUUCUUAAAGGCUUAACGUCUUUAUCAUGGCAUUCAGUAGGCCAUAGUGGAAGUUGUGGGGCUUGACAUUUGUAUCACAACAUUGAACAGGCCAUAUUGGAAGUUGUCAGUGUGUGAGUGAUGAAAAUGCAAAAUUGUAGGUGUCAGAUUUUGUUUACUUGAAAAUUAACUCUAUGCUGUAAUUUUUUAUUUAUUUUUUUCUUUGUUUUACAUAUCUUAGAUGAGUUUAGUUUUUGUCAUUAGUAUAUCCAGCCUAUCUAUCUGUUCAUCUAACACCUUCAUCAGUGCACAGGUGGAGAGUGUGAGGGUGACAGUGAGAUGAUGCCUUGCAGGGUGCCUGUCUAUUGUGCCUCUCUCUGUACAUUGAUGCCUAAGAGAACAUUUUGGUCAUAUCCUAGUCAGAGAAUAGAUGAACUAUAUCUGCGUGUGUGUGUGUGUGUGUGUGUGUGUGUGUGUGUGUGUGUGUGUGUGUGUGUGUGUGUGUGUGUGUGUGUGUCCAACACUAUGUAUGUAUAUAUUUAUUGACUUUACAAUGGUGUUUAUUGCUCCUGUUUAUUAUUAUUCAUUCUACAGUGGUGUUUAUUGCUGCUGUUUUCACUUUUUGUUCAGAUUUUCAUGUGUAAUUUCUCUCUCUGUAUUCCAUUUUAUGUAAUUACAAUAGUGUUCAGUGUAUAGUCCUGUUCUAAGUAGUUAUGUUGUAACUCCAAUCAUCCAGUGCCAUGCCUGAACUAAUUCCACUCUCAUUUUGUUGGAAUUCAUUCAUUCCUCUUCAUUAUUAUUUGUCUAUU